AGCCGCGUGCAGGGCUCGUUAGUCGUGCAACAAUCGCUUGGAGAAGCAGAAUAGAUUGCCGUCAGCACCGUUCUUGUGAACUAACACAUGUUUACGCCGGAUAGAUGAUUACUUCACUUGAUUUAUCUUUUAUGAUCCCAUGAUGCAUCCACGACGGGGAAAGGAAUACAUAUGGAUUACAUUUGCAGCGUUUCUUUGUCUGUGCGGCUGCUCGUUCUCGCAAUUGUCCUAUUCCAUAUCGGAGGAGGUGAACAAAGGCACGGUUGUGGGGAACAUCGCAAAGGAUUUAAACUUGAAUCUUCAGAACCUGGAGGACAGGGGACUGCAUGUUGUUUCGAGUUACAGUAAGAAAUACGUUGACGUUAAUUUGCGAACCGGAAACCUCUUUGUCAACGAGAGAAUAGACAGAGAGGAACUUUGUCCGAAUCUGAUCAAAUGUUCGCUGAAGAUCCAAGCAGUUCUAAGUCAUCCAAUGACUGCACAUCGCAUAGAGCUGAAUAUAGUAGACAUAAAUGACAAUUCUCCCGCAUUUGUUGAGAGCAAACAUUCCCUAAAUAUUUCUGAAUCCUCGCUAACGGGAGAGCGGUAUCCCCUCCCCGUGGCUGUGGAUGCAGACAUGGGGAGCAAUGCUGUGAAAAGCUAUAAGCUGAGUCAGAAUGAACAUUUCUCUCUCGAUGUUCAGAGCGGCGGAGAACAUGGCGUGUCGGCUGAAUUGGUAUUGCAGAAAGCUCUAGACAGGGAGACGCGUUCGGUCAUAACACUUCUGUUAACGGCAAUUGAUGGAGGUAAGCCUCCCAAAUCAGGGUCAAUAAACGUACAUGUUUAUAUUAUAGAUGCAAAUGACAAUAUACCAAGUUUCAGUCAGUCACUUUACAAAGUAAGUGUGAAGGAAAACGCCCCUCUUGGAACACCUGUAAUAAAAUUAAAUGCAACAGACAUGGACGAAGGCAUAAACGGUAAGAUUGUGUACUCCUUUAUUAAAAGAGGAAAUACUGACCCGACAAAUAUAUUUGACUUACAUUCAGAAACCGGAGAAAUAACUCUGAAAGGCAAUCUAGAUUAUGAAGAAACACGCGCUUAUGAAAUUAGAGUCCAAGCAAAAGAUCAGGGAACUUCACCUCGAAGUGCAUAUGCGAAAUUAUUGAUAAAUGUGAUUGAUGUGAAUGACAACGCUGCCAGAAAUAUCUGUCACAUCUUUAAUGACACCAGUGAGAGAAGACGCACAAUUAGGGACCAUUGUUGCUUUAGUUACAGUGAGUGAUAAAGAUGGAGGGAAUAAUGGUGUUACUAAAUGUAACGUUAUCGGAUCUGGUCCCUUUAAACUGAAGUCUAACUACAAUAAUGAUUAUUCUUUAGUGGUGGAUGGACAACUAGAC